CUGGCUGUGGGUUUGUUUCGUUGACGCUGUCGUCCGUAGAUGGCGAAUGUUUGAAGAUUCAAGACUGAGCUGAGGAAAGCUGGUAAACCUUGCAAGUUUGAUAGGGACGAGACGACGGGACGACGGGACUUUGAUUUGAAAAUCUUGUUGCAACAUGGCUGCUGUUUUCCCCAAAUCCAUGGCGCUCUCAAGCUCGCAAAGAUGGAUCUCCAGGGCCUGGCUUCAAAGUGCUGGUCCUUCUCGAAGCGCGUUCCAAGACUCGAAAAGGAAUUAUAUGCAAGACACGAGCAUCCCGUUAGCCAAAUAUGGAGGCAGACACACGGUUACCAUGAUGCCCGGGGACGGUAUUGGACCUGAAAUGAUGGGUUAUGUCAAGGACGUAUUUCGGGUGGCAGGCGCUCCCAUUGAUUUUGAAAUGGCAGCAUUAAACCCCGCCAACGAUAGCUACGAAGAUCUCGUGAAUGCUAUUUCCUCGGUGAAGAGAAACGGUUGCGGGAUGAAAGGAAACAUUGAAACCAAGAUGAAUCGUCCCGACAUCAAGUCCCGAAACGUGGAAAUGCGUAAUGAAUUGGAUCUGUUUGUCAACGUGCUGAAAUGCAAGUCUCAAGCUGGGAUUAAGACGAGGCACGAUAACUUGGACGUUGUGCUGAUUCGGCAGAACACGGAGGGCGAAUAUGCAAUGUUGGAACAUGAGAGUGUUCCAGGGGUCAUCGAAAGCCUGAAGAUCAUCACUGAAGAAAGCACGGAAAGACUCUGCCGAUUUGCAUUCGACUAUGCCAAGGCCAACGGAAGGAAGAAAGUUACCUUGAUUCACAAGGCGAACAUCAUGAAAUUAACGGACGGUCUCUUCUUGGAAGUGUGCAAUAGAGUGGCCCAAGACUAUCCCGAAAUUGAACACAAUGACAUGAUCAUUGACAACACUUGUAUGCAACUCGUUUCCAAUCCUUGGCAAUUCGAUGUCAUGAUUCUCACCAACUUGUACGGCACUAUUGUGAGCAAUCUGAUUUGCGGUCUAAUUGGGGGUCCUGGCAUUCUCUCUGGGUCCAAUUAUGGUCCCCGAUACGCUGUGUUUGAGCCCGGUACGCGCAACACUGGAACCAAAUUGGCUGGCACCAACACUGCCAAUCCGUGCGCCAUGUUGAACGCAAGUGUAGAUCUGUUGGAGCACCUUCAUUUGGAUGAACACGCCCAAUUGAUUCGCUCGGCCAUCAAUAAAACCAUCAACGAAGACAAGGUGCAAACGGUGGACCUUGGUGGACAGGCCACCUCAAUGGACGUCGUUCAGAACAUCAUAGCCCACAUUAAAAAAGGAUUAUAAAUGUCACCUCCUAUUAUACUUCCAUUAGUAAAUACACGAGGCUUUUGACCCAA